UAGUCCCACGGCUUAUUCCGUAAACCGCCUCGCUCUCUCUCUUUUCCCACUUUAUCACUAACACUUGCGCAGGGACGGAUCUCUCUUCCGUGUCUUAGUGAUAUAUUACAGUCUACACUUCGGAGUACACACCUCAUAAAUCAUUUCUAGGCUCUUACAGUUCUCAGUUUUCACAGCCAAAAACUCAGAAGGAACACCAAAAAAAAAAAAAAAAUCUUCGUUCUCGGAGACCGACGACGAAUCCGCCGGUAAUAACUAUAAGAAUGGCUUCUUUUCCGUCAGAGAACGGUGUUGAAGGAGACGAUGAGAGAGAGGAGGACGACGAGGAAGAAGAAGAGGAUGAGGAAGAGGAAGAGGAGCCGAGGCUUAAGUACCAAAGAGUGGGAGGCAGCAUACCUUCGCUGCUAGCCAGUGAUGCGGCGUCUUGUGUCGCUGUUGCUGAGCGGAUGAUCGCCAUUGGCACUCAUGGUGGCACCAUCCAUAUCCUUGAUUUUCUUGGGAAUCAGCAGGUGAAGGAAUUUGUUGCUCAUGCUGCUGUUGUUAAUGACCUUAGCUUUGACCUAGACGGUGACUAUAUUGGAAGCUGUUCUGAUGAUGGAUCCGUGGUAAUAAACAGCCUAUUCACUGGUGAGAAAAUGAAACUUGAGUAUCGUCGUCCAAUGAAGGCUAUUGCUCUGGACCCAAAUUAUGCGAGAAAAACAUCAAUGAGAUUUGUUGCAGGUGGUUUAGCUGGCCAUUUAUAUCUUAAUUCGAAGACAUGGUUAGGCUAUCGUGAUCAGGUUUUGCACUCUGGUGAGGGUCCAAUACAUGCUGUGAAGUGGAGAACAAGUCUUGUUGCUUGGGCAAAUGAUGCUGGAGUGAAGGUUUAUGAUACAGCCAAUGAUCAGCGUGUAACAUUUAUAGAAAAACCCCGAGGGAGCCCACAUCCUGAGCUUCUGCUUCCUCACUUGGUUUGGCAGGAUGAUACCCUCUUGGUGAUAGCUUGGGGAACAUCUAUCAAAAUUGUAUCAAUAAGAACAAACCUCUAUAAAGCAGUUAAUAGGAUGAACAGGCAAGUCCUAGUAUCUAGUAUGAACCAGGUGGAUAUUGUGGCAUCUUUUCAAACCACCUAUUUAAUCUCAGGAAUUGCCCCAUUCGGUGAUGCUUUGGUUGUUCUUGCUUAUAUUUCUGGAGAAGAUGGAGAACAGCAUUUUAGUAGCAGGGCUCCUUCUCAGCAGGGCAAUGCGCAAAGACCAGAAGUACACAUAGUAACAUGGAACAAUGACGAACUUUCAACAGAUGCUCUACCAUUACAUGGAUUUGAACAUUUCAAGGCAAAUGAUUAUUCUCUUGCUCAUGCUCCCUUCUCAGGUAGCAGUUAUGCUGGUGGUCAAUGGGCUGCUGGUGAUGAACCGCUUUACUAUAUUGUGUCCCCAAAAGAUGUAGUCAUUGCAAAGCCAAGGGAUACUGAAGAUCAUAUUGCGUGGCUUCUUCAACAUGGGUGGCAUGAAAAAGCUUUGGCUGUGGUUGAAUCUGGUCAAGGAAGGAGUGAACUUCUAGACGAGGUUGGAUCCAGGUACCUCGAUCAUUUAAUUGUGGAAAGAAAAUAUUCUGAAGCAGCUUCUCUGUGUCCCAAGCUGCUGCGAGGAUCAGCUUCAGCAUGGGAAAGAUGGGUUUUCCACUUUGCACACCUUCGUCAACUUCCUGUAUUGGUCCCUUAUAUGCCUACUGAAAACCCUAGACUGCGAGACACUGCUUAUGAGGUCGCUCUUGUUGCAUUGGCUACAAAUCCAUCUUUUCACAGGGAUCUCUUGUCCAUUGUCAAAUCCUGGCCAUCUGUAAUUUACAGUGCGUUGCCUGUUAUUUCAGCCAUUGAACCUCAGCUCAAUACUUCAUCCAUGACUGAUUCACUCAAGGAGGCAUUGGCUGAGUUAUAUGUAAUCAACGGGCAAUAUGGGGAAGCCUUUUCAUUAUAUGCCGAUCUUUUGAAACCAGAAAUAUUUGACUUCAUUGACAAACAUAAUCUACAUGAAGCCGUCCGAGAAAAGGUUGUCCAACUGAUGAUGCUAGAUUGCAAGCGUGCAGUUGCUCUAUUUAUUCAGAACAGGGACUUUAUAAGUUCACCUGAAGUUGUGAAGCAACUUCUAGAUGCUGAUAAUAAGUGUGACUGCAAAUAUUUUGUACAUUUAUACCUUCAUUCAUUAUUCGAAGUAAACCAACAUGCUGGGAAGGACUUCCAUGAUAUGCAGGUAGAACUUUAUGCAGAUUAUGACCCGAAGAUGCUGCUACCAUUUCUUCGUAGUAGUCAACACUAUACCCUUGAGAAGGCCUAUGAAAUUUGCAUCAAAAGAGAUCUAUUGAGGGAGCAAGUCUUCAUCCUAGGAAGGAUGGGAAACUCGAAACAAGCCCUAUCUAUUAUUAUUGACAAGUUAGGGGAUAUAGAGGAGGCUGUAGAGUUUGUCACCAUGCAGCAUGAUGAUGAACUUUGGGAAGAACUGAUCAAGCAAUGCCUGCACAAACCUGAAAUGGUGGGCAUCCUAUUGGAACACACCGUUGGGAAUCUUGAUCCCCUCUAUAUAGUAAAUAAGGUUCCCAAUGGGAUGGAAAUACCUCGACUUAAGGAUCGGUUAGUUAAAAUUACCACUGAUUACAGGACUGAAACAUCACUCAGACAUGGGUGCAAUGAUAUCCUUAAGGUGGACUGUGUCAACCUUUUUGUUAAGUAUUACAAAGAGGCGAGGCAUGGAGUUUAUCUGAGUGAUGAGGUUGAGCCACGAGAUAAAAAGAGUGAAAAUCAUUCUUCUCAGGUGGUUGAGAAUUCUCCAAUUCUGAGAAACGUUGAAGCGAAGUCGAAGAACAGGGGAGGAGGAAGAUGUUGUAUAUGUUUUGACCCUUUUUCUAUUCAGAAUGUAUCAGACUCGGUCGUUGUUUUCUUUUGCUGUCAUGCUUAUCACACAACUUGUCUAAUGGAUUCCACGGACACUAGCAGUGACAACAAAGAGAUUGAAGUCACUUAUGGAAAGGCAGAAUAUGAUUAUAAUGGUUAUGUGGAUGAAGAAGAACCCGAGAUGGAUGGUCAUCGUAUGCGUUGUGUAUUAUGUACUACUGCUGCCAGUUGAGUUGCCCCGCUGGCAUCAAUUUGCUGGCUAGAUAAUUUAUAGAUUCUUCUAGUUAGAAAGUUGUAAUUUUAUUUUAUUUUUUUCCUUUCAAAAUUUGGUUUUCCUUGUGAUCAGUCACAAUUUUUUGUGCUGGGAAAUGUUAGGUUGUUUUCUUCCUUC